CUAUAGAGAUGCAAAAAGUGAGAGAGCGUCACACUGUUUUGGUUGACUUCCAGUCAACCAAGUCAAGCAGGAGCCGCACCAUACCGGAAGUUGGACUUGAUGCGUCAGUCUAGCCCUCAUAUUCUAUGACCGGUCGCCAUGGCUUCGUUGGGUGAACUGGGUGCCUGUCUCUUGGUGGCCCUUCUUUGGGGAGGAACCAAUCCAUUUCUGAAAAAGGGAACAGAAGGUCUGGAGCAAGUGAAGAAGGAGAGACGGAGCCUGCAGCUCCUGGCAGAAAUGAAGUUCCUUUGCCUCAAUUACAGGGUUGUGGUGCCAUUUGUUCUCAACCAGUGUGGUUCCUUGGUCUACUAUCUGACUUUAGCAUCCACAGACCUUACCUUGGCGGUGCCUCUUUGCAACUCUUUGGCUCUAGUCUUCACUUUAGCAACAGGGAAGGUACUUGGAGAAGAGAUUGGCGGCCCAAGAGCUGCCUUGGGAAUGCUGCUAACUGUCUCUGGAGUCGCUCUCUGCAUCGCUGGGUCUGGGCCUGAGAAGCAGCUCUGAUGAGGCUCUUUGGACUCAAGAGUAGAUGAGCCUCAAGGGAAGGCAAUGGCAAAUAUCUCCUGAUCAAACCGUGCCAAGAAAGGCCCCAAUCGGUUCAUCUCAGGAUCACAGUUGAAGUCACACAACAACAACAACAACAACUUUGUGUCUGCCAGUCAGAGUCUAGAUGCACAGAUUCCUCUGCUUUUGGUAAAGUUUUAAAAAAACUUCUUAUAGUGCAGUCAAUGAACUGUGAAUGGCACCAAAGUACUGUUAAAGGUUUCCCAUUUAGAUUUCCCUUGAUGCAGCCCCCUGGUUGGUGCCACUAUGGCUACUAAAAGGUCACAAUUCGUACCCAUAUUCCCAUUCAACCACUACAAUAUUUUCUUCACUUCCAAACAUUACAGCAGCAAAUAGCCAAGCUUCCAUCCUCUUGCAAAACCAGUGAUCCUGGGCUUUUGGUUCCUGUCAGUCUCCACUUCUAUGACUCUUUUAAAGGAAAGAACGUGAUGGUUUUACACAUUUAUUUUACGGAUUUCCAUGAGAGAGGGCGAGAGCAAAGACCGCCCCAAACCUCACUCACAGGGGAAUCAAAAAUGGGCCUCUGAUGUUAGGGUCAUUUCUCCGACGCAGCCGCCUUUCCCCAAGUUGGAAGGAAAUGGUACUUUUGGGUCACUUCCUGUCCUGGGUCUCCGGCCGAGCGCCGAAUAGGAUGAACCGCCUGCACUUUGUCGGUGGGCUCGACCUGUUUAUCACAGAAAGAGUUGGGAGAAAAUAAAAGAUGUACAAAAGACGAGAACACUGGAAGAAACGUUUACAAAGGUGAAAAAGGAUACAGAAAUAAAAGAAGCUUGUUUCAUUGUUGCAGAACAAGCUUUGCUCCCAUAAAAACCUAAUAUGUGCCAAAGCAAAUAAACCCCACUCUUUUUAAAGCUGGAAUGCAUUGGUUGCUUCUGUUAUGCAAGAUGCAUGCAAUAAAAAUACUUCCAUAAGUGCUAACAAUAAUAAUAAUAAUGUUAUUUCUUACCUGCCUCAUCUUGUGGCUUGAGGCAUCGCUACAAACACGUAACUGUUAUACAAAAUACACAUAUGAAAAUGUAUUUCUUUUAUCUUUGUGUUCAUGCAGCCUGCUCUUGUUUUACUGUUUUUUGAUUCCUUGAUGUGAUGUUUAUUAUUAUCUAUUGUAUUACUUUUAAUUAUGCUAUGAUAUGCUGUUUUUAUAUUUUAUUAUAUUGUAUUGCUCUGCGCAUGGCCCCAUGUUAGCCGCCCCGAGUCCCCGCUGGGGAGAUGGUGGCGGGGUAUAAAUAAAGUUUUUUUAUUAUUAUUAUUAUUAUUUCUACAAAUUACAUACUGUAUAUAUUCGAGUAUAAGCCUAGUUUUUCAGCCCUUUUUUUAAGACUGAAAAAGCCCCCCUUGGCUUAUACUCGGGUGAGGGUCUUGGUUGGCUUAUAUUUGGGUCAGCUUAUACUCGAGAAUAUAUGGUACAUUUAUUAUUUUUCUCUAUUAUUAUUGGUAUUAUUACAUUUAUUGUUUUUCUCUAUUAUUGUUGCUACUAUUACAUUUAUUUUACUCUAUUUUUAUUAUUAAUACAUUUAUUAUUUCACUCUGAUCUUAUUAUUAUUAUUAUUGCAUUUAUUAUUUUACUCUAGUUAUUAUUACAUGUAUUAUUUUCCUGUAUUUAUUAAUAUUAUUAUUACAUGUAUUAUUUUACUCUAUUAUUAUUAAAAGACUACAUAAGCAUAUUUACAUUGAAGAAGAUGGGAAAAAUGAUUUGAUCAGAGUUGGACAGUCUUAUCUUAAAUUUGAGCUUUUUGUAAAUAUUCAAAAACAUUUAACCUACUGAUGCCUCAAUUAAUGUAAUUUUAUUGGUAUCUAUUUUUAUUUCUGAAAUUUACCACCCUCGGCUUAUACUGGAGUCAAUGUUUUCCCAGUUUUUUGGUAGUAAAAUUAGGUGCCUCGGCUUAUAUUCGGGUCGGCUUAUACUUGAGUAUAUAUGGUAUGUUAAAAUACACAGAGCAAAGAUUAAAAUGUAGUGGUUACAAGACGAGA